AUGGUUUUGCAUCAUGAUAGCAAUAAGACAGUUGCUCAAGCACGAGAAGACACGAUGCACGUACCAUCUGAGCGUGUUUUUACCUUUAAAGACGCCGUAGUCCGUCCUCCACCAUCUUCAUCGACGUUUGUCUCAGUAGACAACAAACAAGCAGCUAAGACGUCCGUUUUGAAGGUUACAAGUCAUAGUAAUAACAAUAGUAAGAAGAAGAAGAUGCAGAUGACAGGGUCGCGGCCAAUUCGUUCUCGUAGCAUUGCGAAGAUUGUCGAGAGUCCAAGCUUUAAGAAACGUUGUGAAGCGCUCAAGUCACAUGCUGGUCGGAAACACUACGGACAGAAAGACGAUCAUACGAUUCCUACUGCAAACGUAGAAACGAUGAAGAAGCUGACGCCACUGGAAGAACUGUGCGAGCGUGAACAAGUGCUACGCAGCUCGAAUGAGAAUUUACAACGGGCUGGUAAGUCUGUGUCUAGCUCUGGAUUGACUUCACUUGCUCCUUUGUGUGAAGCAAGCUCGUUGCGGGAAGAAGAUGAUGGAUUGAAUGAAGAUCGUGGUGGUCCUCGACCAGCGUCACGGAGUGCAACGUUUGAUUCUGAUGUCCAAGAAACGCUCUCUAUUUUAUCUUGUGGCAACAGUCCUGUCAAAGUAGCUGACAGUUUGUCGAAAAAGACGGGAAAACAGGGCGAUAUUCGGUGCAUUACGUCCAGCGUUUGUCAGUCACAUAGUCCCUUUGUGUCCGUCUCUUCUCCGUCAAGCACUUCGUUUUCUAUCGACCACGGGCAUGUUUGCUCAGGCGCAAGGGAUUUGUCAAACGAUGUGACAGUUGGAUAUUCCACAAGCAAUAGACACCAAACGCGCAAGGGAGUGGAGAGUGACGACGACUUUUUAGACUGCGACGAUACUAAUAGCGAGUCUACCGCCGAGUCUUCGUGUCCGAGUCCACGGUACAGUCCGCUGUCUCACUUUGGCUCACAUCGUCGUUCUGACUUGAACGAGAUGGAGGCGUGUCACGAACACGACCAGCUGCUUAGUAUGUUGUCGAACUGCGAAGAAGAGGAUGAAGAGGCGUAUAUGCUGCUGGAACGUAUCAAUAAUUUGUCGGUAGAUUUGGUGGCGAACCGAGAGUACGAAGAGUCGAAUGCUUUGUCGUGGUCAGUGCAGCGCGCAGCUCAGCAAGGCGUGAUAUCUACGCAGCUGCAGCAAAAUCUGCUUGCAAAUAUUUGCAAAGGGCAACUGGACGACGCACGGGAUGUGUUGUACCACAAGUGCCACCUGGUUCCAGCAGUCGGUAGUGUCGUGGAUACCCCGACUCAGCCUAUAAUGGAUCCGAGUGCACUACAGUCAUUUGUAAAGUACGUGGAUAGUAUAUCACCCACUGACCCGCCUGAGGCUCGCAUGCACAAAUUGCAUGUGUUAAAGCAGUUGUCAGAUCUCCUUACGAAAUGGGUCAAAGUGAUUGGGCGCGAGCGUGAGCUGAGUGAAGAGCACAUUGUGUUGACAAAGGGAUCCUUGUUUCUUGCUGGUUCAUAUCGUCUAGGUUUGGAUGACCCCAACUCCGAUAUCGAUGCUGUGUGUGUAACGCCGUGGUAUGUGACCCACGAUGACUUCUUUGGUUCGUUCUGUCAUUUACUGGAAAAGACACCCGAGGUUUCUCAUCUUGCUCCUGUACCAAAUGCUUAUGUGCCACUUAUUUCUCUAUCCUACUUGGGAGUACGGAUGGACUUACUUUUCGCGCGACUACCUGUGUCAAGUGUAGAGUCCAAUCAAAACAUUGAUUCUGACCACAUCCUGGUUGGCGUGAACGAAACAUCGAUGAAGGCUUUGAAUGCCCCGCGUGUCAGCUCUAUGUUGCUUUGUUUAGUGCCGAGACGUCGUCAAUACCGAAUAGUAUUGAGAGCCGUGCGCGCAUGGGCGCGAUGUCGAGGAAUCUAUUCAGCGAAGCUAGGGUACUUGGGUGGAAUUAGCUGGGCUAUUUUGGUUGCAUUUGUAUGCCAACUGUAUCCGAACGCAGAGCCCGCGAAAACAUUUGUGCGUUUUUUCCAAGUAUUUUCAGAGUGGCAAUGGCCACAACCUGUUCUGUUGAACAUGAUCUACAAUGCAGGACUUGGGUUUGACAUGUGGGAUCCGCGUCAGAGUGUGUUUGAUCGAUCGCAUAUUAUGCCGAUUAUCACGCCGGCGUACCCGCACAUGAAUUCGUCCGUCCAAAUCUCGCAGUCAACGUUUUCUGUAAUUUAUGAAGAAUUGUGGCGCGCACGGUACUUGGCUGAGAUUGCCGUGGGUAUCUCGAAGCCAUAUUUUACGGCUGCUUUUUCACCUGAAAGUUCAGAUGCUGACCUGAAAGCAGCUGCACUGUAUAUGGCUACGUCAUUGCCUUCCUUCGAUCAACCGCUCAAUACAGCUCAAUUGACCCAAGGUGAAGAAGAGGCUGUGUUGAAUGUAGUAAAUGAAGAAGGUGCAUGGGACAAGCUGUUCCAGACGUCAAAUUUCUUUAUCCGGUACAGUUCCUACAUGAUGUUUAACUUCAAGGCAGCAUCUGAAAGUUCAAUGGACAAGUGGGGAAAGUUUGUUCAGUCGCGACUUCGGAAGCUCGUGGACAACCUUUGCCACAUAUCACCAGUUUCGCGAGUGCAUGCGUUCCCGCGUUAUUUUCCUCAUGUAUGCAACACCGAACAUGAGGGUCCUGGUUCGUGUAUGUUUAUUGGCAUCGAAUUUCGCUAUCGCCGGCAUCAAAGUAUUCAUCCGAAAGAUGACCCAGAGGUGAAGAAAACGUUAGAGCAGACCAUUCGCUUUUUCUUGGCGACAGACUUGCAGCAGAUGGAAGAUAAGCAGCCUGACAUGGUUGCUGAUGCCAAGGUGUUAAGCUGGGAAGAGCUGCCUGAGUUUGUUUUUCGGUUAGGUCGUAGCAAUGCCGAUCUGGAGCGUGCAAAGUACGCGGAUGAGUUGGAAAAGAUGGGGUUCUCCCAGUGCAGUACGCCUUCUUUCCUUCCGCCGUACUACGCUAACAGCUAUAACCGCAACGGGAAAUGGCGAGGCGGUGGUCCGCGAAAAUAUGCCGGUGGUCAGCGAAAGCGUCGUGAUUUUCGCAAUCACUCACAAUCAUAUUCGGAAAUGCAAGCUGGAUGA